CGUGCGGCGGGCCGCCGGUGGACGACCGCGGAUGCAACGACCGCAACGACGGGGAACGACGUGGUCGCGCCACACGUGACUGCCGCCGCGGCAUCCGCGCGCCUCCUCCCGGCGCAGUGAGUGCCCCGCGACGAGAGAAAGUACCGUGCGCGCGCGCGCGCGCGCUCUUACCGCCUAGCCCGAUAUAGCGGAGUCGGCUCGCGCGCCCGGGCGUUGUCGUCGUCGUCGUCGCUCCAUCGCGCGCGGAGCGCAGUGGUGAUACGUAACGGUGCGCGUUGCGCGUCCGCGACUCCUGGAUUUCGUCCCGCUCCGUUGUCCGCGUGUGCCGUGCCGUGUCGUGCCGUGCCGUGCCGUGCCGUGCCGUGCCGUGUCGUGCCGUGCCGUGUUGUGCCGUGCCGUUGGCGGUGGCCGCGGAGGUGAGAGACUGCGAACCCUGGCACGUCGUACCGCGCGUCGCUGCGACAUCAUCGCGUGGAGAAGAUGAGGCGCGCCAGCCUCCGCGUUGCCCCCAGGAUGCAACCGGGACUGCUGUCCUGCUGCUGCGUUAUCGCGACCGUCACCCUCGCCCUGGCCGCCUGGCAGGAGAACGUCAGGCCGAAGAUGUACGUCCAGCUAGGUGCGGAGGAUGUGUUCAGGUUUACGGGAAACGAGACGCACACAGACUACUUUCGGCUGGUGCUCAGGGACGGGAACUAUCUUCUGGUCGGCGGAAGAAAUCUCGUGCAUAAUCUCAGUCUGACCGACCUGACGGAGCAGCAGAGGCUGACCUGGUACUCGACGGAGAACGACGUGAAGAUGUGCGUCGUCAAAGGCACGCCCGAGGAGAACUGCCAGAACUAUAUUCGCAUCCUGGUGAAGACCGGGGCGAACAACCUUUUUGUGUGCGCCACCAACGCCUUCAAGCCCAUGUGCCGUGAUUACACGGUACACGCGGGCAACUACACGAACGUGAAGGAGAAGGGCGGCCAGGCGAGGUGCCCGUACGACCCGCAGCACAACAGCACCUUCGUCUACGUCGACGGUGAACUCUACACCGGCACGGUCGCCGAUUUCGCGGGCAUGGACCCGAUAAUCUACAGGGAGCCGCUGCAGACCGAGCAGUACGACUCGAUGAGUCUGAACGCACCGAACUUCGUGAGCUCCAUGUCCCAGGGAGACUUCGUCUACUUCUUCUUCAGGGAGACCGCCGUAGAAUAUAUCAAUUGCGGCAAGGCCGUCUACUCUCGCGUGGCGCGAGUCUGUAAAUACGACCGGGGCGGACCGCAUCGUUUUCGUAACAGGUGGACGUCGUUCCUGAAGUCGCGUCUCAAUUGCUCCGUCACCGGCGACUUCCCAUUCUACUUUAACGAAAUACAGUCGACGACCGAGCUGAUAUCUGGCCAGUACGGUGGCACGUCGGCCCAGCUUAUCUACGGUACCUUCACGACGCCGGUGAACAGUAUAAGCGGGUCGGCGGUGUGCGCGUUUUCGCUGCAGGACAUCGCCGACACCUUCGGCGGUAAUUUCAAGGAGCAGGGCGCCCUCAAUUCCAACUGGCUGCCGGUGCAGGACGCGAAGGUGCCGGACCCGCGGCCCGGCCAAUGCACCAAUGACUCACGCACACUGCCGGACCUGACGCUCAACUUCAUCAACACGCACUCGCUGAUGGACGAGUCGGUGCCGAGCUUUUUCGGCCAGCCGAUCGUUAUACGCACCAGUUUCCAUUACAGAUUCACUCAGAUUGCCGUGGAUCCUCAAGUGAAGACCCCGGGCGGCAAGACCUACGACGUCCUCUUUAUCGGCACGGAUAACGGCAAGGUGAUCAAGGCGGUGAACGCAGAGUCCGCGGAUUCUCAUCAAAAGGUCAGCCCGGUCGUGAUAGAGGAGAUACAGGCGUUUCCGCCGACGGUGCCGGUUCGCGGCAUCAAGGUCGUCCGAGCUUCGCAGGCGGGCGACGGCCUCGAGGACGGCCGAUUGGUCGUCAUCGCUGACAGCCAGGUACAGGCGCUGAGGCUCCACCGUUGCUACAGCGACAGGAUACUGUCGUGCAGCGAGUGUGUUGCCCUGCAAGACCCGUACUGCGCCUGGGACAAAGUGGAGAACAAGUGCAGAGCCUUGGUCGGCCCGGCGUCGACAGAUGCUAACAGGUUCCUGCAAAGCGUCGCGACCGGCGUGCACACGUCCUGCCCGGCGAGCAAGAGUCUCAACAAGGACGCCGGCAGCGUCGGCGCGAUUUCCGCUAAUCAGAACAAGUUCCCGCAGGACUCCAUACCGAACAAGGACAGUCCCGGCGGCGAGAUUAUCAAUAUCAUGCAGGACGAGGAACGAGAUAGCUCAGGUCCAGAAGUAUCCGCGGCUGACACGCCUCCACCGCAAUACUCGGUGGAGACCCUGGUAAUGGCCGUGGUAGCGGGCGCGCUAGCCGCAUUGUUCGUCGGCUUUGUGGCCGGUUACUUGUGCGGCAGAAAGUGCAGGAAAGACGAGGAUGACAAUCUACCAUAUCCGGACACGGAAUACGAAUACUUCGAGCAACGCCAAAACGUCAACAGUAAUGUUUGCCUAUCAACAUUCAGCAGGCUGGCGCCCGAGCCGAAGCUGCUACCGCAGGAGGAGGUGACCUACGCAGAGCCGGUGUUGGUCCCGCAACCGCCGAAGCUUCAAUCCCCGAAAGGUACCAUGAGGAAACCACCGCCCACGCCCACGGAGACCCUCUUUCAGUUCCCAGACGGCUACGGUUUCCGCGGGGGCCCCCGCGGCGACAACUUCGGCACCCUUCGUUCCCAUCAGGGCGACGCGUAUCGCCGCAACGACGGCUUUGCGACCACGCGCAGUGUCAAGAAGGUUUAUCUCUGAGAAA